AAUAUGUAAAUCAAUUAUUGUUAAAUAAAAUUUACCCAAACAAAUGUAGCCAUCGAAUAUCCCUACAUACGUAUCAGUUUCUAAAUAACGUGUGUGCACCAAUAGCUUUUUAUUUUACAUUUUUGUCAUUAUGAUGUGAAGUCAUUCUGAACGUCCAGCGAUGAGCCAGAAUUAAAAUAUCAUUACCUCAAAAUAUAUUUUAAUUAUAUGUCUUUGUGAUUUCUAUAAAAUAAUUUCCUUGUCAAACUAGUGUUAGUGUCCAUUUUGGAAUUGAAUAAAAAUGUCUGUUUUUAAAAUUUUUAUUUUCAUAUGUGUUUUUGUUGGAUUAGCCUUGGCUAGAAGCGACCAUGACAUGAAGAAAUGGUUUCUUGAACUAACCGUGGAGUGCAGCAAAGAACAUCCCGUCACCAAGGAAGAAAUACAAAUGCUCAAAGACCAUAAAAUUCCCGACAACAAGAACGUUAAAUGUCUGAUGGGAUGUGUCUUCCGAAAAAUUGGAUGGUUGGACGAUAACGGAAUGUUUAGCUUCAACAAUGCCUACAAGACGUCUGAAGAAGAAUAUCCUGAUGAUAAGACUAAAUUGGAAAAGGCGAAAAACCUUUAUUCUUUGUGUGAAAAAGUGAACACUGCAGAAGUCAGCGAUGGCAAAGAGGGAUGUGAGAGGUCAUCGCUUUUAGCCAAAUGUUUAAUAGAAAAUUCUUCUAAGAUGGGCUUUGUGGUUCAAUGAGCGUUUCGUCAGUAUUUGGCAAUGACAGAUUACAUAAAUUCUGGAUAAGAUAUUAGUGUAUUUCACAUUUUUUUGUAAUUUUGCACUUCAUAGCAAGUUAAUUAAAGAACAAAAUAUAUUGAUGGCAAACUCAUCUUCUUACAAAAAAAAAAUAAAAAAUUAUCGUUUAUAUUUAUUUAUUCUUUAAAUGUUUCUAAUGUAUUUAAAAUAAAAAUAAAUAAAUUAUACAUAUUAAAUUUUAAAAACCCCUUCGUAUUAUUUGUCACUUAAAGAAUAUACUGGCAUGCGUGAGGGGGUUGAUCGAAUAAGAUAGCUAAGAACCACCGCAGGGAUACAUUUGACUGACUUGCCAUUAAAAGCAACUAAAUCGAUCGAUCGAAUCGAUCGAAAACGAAUUUGCACUUAACACCUCUCUUUUUAAAUCAGAGUUUAAAAAAAAAGUCUGAGCAAAUCCGACAAAAAUAUACUAAUAAAAAGACUAACUAUAAAUAAUAAUUUACUUAC